UAUCACUGGCGAUGUUAUUUUGCCGAAUCGGAGUACUUAAAAACAAGCUCUCAAAAGCUGUAAUGCCAUAGUGUGUGCUUCGGGGGUUAACCAGCCUACUAACCAGCAAGCUCGUACGUGUCACUAAAGGCUUUCCUUUUCUAUAGCCCAGAAUUAACAAUAAUUUAACGUAAAUAUUAUCGUCAUAUUAUAAUUAAUGGAACAUGAAGUAACCGAGAGAGACUAUUGCUGCCAAGUUUCACUCCAGUCUACCCGCCUCAAAGCACCGCAGCAGCUCUCGCAGCCGCUUGAAUGUGAUGGUCACGCAGGCGCUGUUCCGUUGCCUUGGUUACCGAGCUAGCCUAGCGUGGGCUCAACGGUUUCCAAUGGGUGGUAAGCUAGCAAACUAGCCAAAGAGGGAGAGACAAAGUUAUGCGCUGCUAGUUAGCUGGCUUAUCGAUACAUUUAUUAUAUAUAUAUUUUAUUGCUUCUUGGGUCUUAUGACCAGGACUUUACGCUUUGGACCGAAGAGGAUCUUUUCAAACAGCCUGUUGAUGAAGGAGAUGGGGAAGGUGCGGUGAUCCUAUGUCGGCACCUGAAUCUCAGGUAUACUUCUCAGGAGGGCAAUGCAGGCUUGCUCCUGUCAGCAGCAGUGCUCUAUACAAUGAAGAAAAUCUUCAACUUCACCAAAAAAAAGAAAGGCUCCCCCAGUGCGUCUGACACGGGGAGUGUGCUUUCUGUGGGGUAUGACCUGAAAGAGAAAGACUUGGGAAAGGUGCAGAAGGCUGCAUUCACUGGCGAUGUGGCAAAAUUAAGACAGCUUGCGAAAAAGAAUGAUUUAAAUCAGCUUGAUAAAGAGAACAGAACUGCAUUACAUAUAGCCUGCGUUCAUGGACAUGCAGAGGUGGUUCAGUUUUUGGUGGAAAGCAAAGUUAAGCUCAACCUAUGUGACAAUCAAAACCGCUCCGCCUUAAUGAAGGCGGUGCAAUGCCAACAGGAUCGAUGCGUAUCCAUCCUUCUGGAGCAUGAGGCAGAUCCAAACAUGGUGGACAUCAAUGGCAACACAGCACUGCACUUGGCUGCUCGGAUCCCCUCCCUUUCUGUGGCCUUGCAGCUCCUAGAACACAAGGCUAACAUCAACGCCCAGAACAAGGAAGGCAACACUCCCUUAAUUCUCUCAGUGGAGGAAAACCAUGCAGAGAUGGCUGAACUUUUACUCAAGGAGGGGGCAGACGUCAAUAUCAAGAACCAGGAACAACGGCCCCCUCUGAUGAUAGCUGCUUGCAAUGGACACAUCAACAUGGUGCGACUGCUCUUGCAGUACAAUGUUGACAUCACUGUGAAAGACAUUAAAGGAUGGUCUUCUGAUGACUAUGCUGUAAUGAAUGGGCACCAUGCAUGUUCACAUCUGAUCAUUGAGCAUGGAACAAAGAAGAAAUCCUUGCAGUCCCCCUCCCAUCUUGCCCCGGGUAAAAAGAAGCAGGCUUCUAUGCUGGGCAGUCCUGAGGCAGGCUUCUCUCUUGGAGGUCCAGCUCUAGACAAAGAUGCUGCAGAAGGAACCUCCAAAGAAGCAGGGAAAGAUACAGAGGACAAUUCUCAUGCAGACUCCAUUAGUAGAGCAUCAAGAAGUGGUCCUGCUGAUUCCUGGCCCUCUACAGAUGAAGAUGAUGAGUUAGAUUUGAGCCCAAAGAAACCUCAAAAGGUAAACUUAAAGAAGCUCAUGAAUGCCUCCAAAAGAGAACAGAAAGAGGGUGAUGAAGCAGGUCUCUCAGAGAUGCCUUGUGGCAGCCAGCAGGAUCCAGAGAGCAGUGAAAGCCCUGCGGAAGAAUCAGACGAAGGUGAAGAUGAUGAAGAUGAGGAGAACGAUGACGAAGAAGAAGAAGAAGAGGAUGAUGAUGAUGAAGAAGAAGAAGAAGAUGAGGAGGAGGAGGAGGAGGAGGAAGAUGAAGACAACUGUUGUGACGAAGAUGAGGAAGAAGAAGACAGCAAUGGUGAAAAAGAGGAAGAGGAGGAGGCAAAUGUUGCAUUAGCACAAGAAGCUAAUAAAGGGAUAGAGGAUCCUGAUGUGGCAAAAAUCACAGCCAUAAAGGGAAGUGAAGACAUCCCUGAUCAGAUGAAGCUGGGUGAGAAUGCUGAAUCUCAAGUACAGCCUGAGCAGUCAGAUGUAUUGCUAGAAGAAAGUGUUUCCAGGAUUACUCAGUCUAGUGUGGUGGAGGAAGACAUCUCAGAGAACAAUGCUCUUGAAGAAAGAGCAGAAUCAGAACACAUGGGGAAAGAGGAUUCAGAGAAAAUAAUGAUUUCAGAAAUCACAAGUGAUGUCAUGGAGAUGGUUGAAGUUUAUGCUAGUCCAAUUCCACGACCUUUAGAUGUACAGGAUGACUGUCUUGUGUCAGCCAUCAGGGUUGAGUCAAGGAUCUCAGAUGAAGAGGAAAGUGAAGCACUUUCAGAUAAAAACACAGGUCCCACAGGAGCUUUCAGAACACCUCUACAAAGUGUAGGCAGUGUAACAAGGAACACAAGAAAUGAGGGUAAUUAUGAGGAAGAAGAGGAGGAGGAGGAGGAUGAAGAGGACUGGGAUGAUGAGGAGGAUGAGGAACUCUUGGAAGUUGAGAAAAGCAGUGCUGUUGAUGACACACAUUUUGAGACAGAUACCCCAGUAUUUCAGGAACCAAAUGUUUCAUCCCCUCAGGGUGAUAACACAGUAUCUAAACAGUUUGCUGGAACAGGUGAUGAAGGACAUUCCACCAGUGAUAUAAAUGAGGAUUCACAUAGAUCCUCUGUGUUAUCUAAGGUGAAGUGUGAUGACAAUGAUAAUGACCAAGAGGAAAUGAAACAUGAAACAAAACUGCCAAAAUUACUUCUGACACAGCUGAGACCAAAAGAAGAACCUGAAAGCUUUGAAGACUCUUGGGAAUCUGGCUCGGAUAGUGAAAAAGAUGGAGAAGUGGAAGGUGAAACAUCAAAUGUGGAGCCAGUUAUUUCUAAGGGAGAUGACACAAGUAUAGAUGGUUUGCUUAAAGAUAGCAGUUCCCCUAAAGAAGCAAGAAUGAGAGCUGAGGACUGGACAGUGGAGAAUCAGGAUGAUGAUGAGAAUAUGCCAGUAUCCAUGAUUGUUGGGAGUGAUGACCAAAAUGAAGAUUUAGAACACAAUAUGAAUGAAAGUGACAAAGAGGAUGACAAGAAUCAGGAUUCUGAUAGUGAUGUUCAACAAAUGGAGUAUGACUUUGCAAGUGGAACAGUCAAAAUUAGUGAAAAGAGUGUUAACUCAGAUGAUUCCCUGGUUGAAGAUGCUAAUGGAAAUAGAUUUGAGAGUGGUGACAUAAAAAGUGAAGGCCAAGAGGAUAACCACAAGAAAAUGGAUGAAUCCUUUUCUGAAAGCAGACUUUCAGUCUCUGGUUCACCAAGUCCAGUACAUUCUGCCCAACACAGCCCAUCACCUUCAAAAGCUAUACAUUGUCCUUCAGAGGACAACGACCAAGAGUCACAGAUAACAGUUAUUGAUCGAUUUGUUGGGACAGAACAUACCAAUCCAAGCCCAAGUUCUUUUGAUGACAUAGACGAGUGUAUCAAGUUAGCUGACGAAGGCGAGAAUGACAUGAAUAUUGCUGAAGAAGGCCAAGUGUCAUGUCACGAAGAAAUUCCUCACACAGUCAUUGAUGACGUUGAUUUGACUUCUCACUCUGAUGAUGAUGCUAAACAGGAAGAACACACAAAUUUAAAGAUGCAGGAGCAUCUAGAUGAGUCUGCCGUUUGCCAAACUAUUUCAGAGCAAGGAUCAUUGCAGGAGAAAGCAUCUUCAGAAGAUGAAUAUGAGGAGGACAAUGUAGAAGAGGAAUUUGAUAAAGCAGAAACUGAAAAAUUAGAGGGGUCUGACCAUGAUGAAGAGAUUGAGCAGCCUCAAAACACUGAAAAGUCUCAAGACAGGAAAAGGGAUUUUAUGUCAGAACUGGGUAUUGAAAAGGAGGAUGACGAGGAAGAUUCACCUUGGGACUCAGAGUCUGGCUCAGACAGUCCCAGCAAAAAGCAGCAACAUGGGUCAAACUCCCUUAACAAGUCACAUAAAGCCAUGGCCAGUAUUUGUGAGGAGAGCAAUGAAGCCCUGCUUUAUAUUCCAUCUUUCUUAAGAGGAUCGAAGCACAGUAGUGUAUUCAGGAGUGUUGGUUGGCCUGGAGGUCAGAAGGCAGUGGUUUUAAGGACCACUAAGGGUGAGGAGGAGAAGGAUAAGGAGGAGGAGGAUGAUAUUAUUGAUGAUGAUGAUGAUGAUGAUGAUGAUGAUGAUGAUGAUGAUGAUGAACCAGAAGAGGAGAAACCAGAAAAGCAGCAAACUGUAAUUCAUAGAGAGCCAGUGUCCAUAUUAAGUAAAUUAAUGGAUUCCAAAGAUGCUGAAAAGAAGACAGACUUUAUGGAGGAACUCGGAUUAGGGGAUGUUGAUGAUCUGGAAGAUGCCUCUGACUGGGACUCAGCUAGUACCACCAGUAAGGCCAGUAAGAACAUCCCAGCCUACAAACUUGAGGAAGAGCUAGCAGGUGAAACCCAGGUGGCUCUGCCUGUCCUCCCAGAGCAGGAGCUAGAUACCUCCAGCCCAGAGGCACAGGAAGCUGCCAGCACAGAAAGAAGUAGACCCUCUCCUACAGCAACUCCUCCCCUGCCAAGCCCACGGUCCUUCACAGCAAUCACUGGAGUACAGUCCCAGCCACAACCUCAGCCACGCAUCCGCAAAAACUCAGCCCAGAAACCAGAGAGUGAUGAAGAGUCAGACUGGGACACAGACAACAACUCCAAUCCAACAAAAGUGAUGACUCCACUGCUGAACAUUGCAGAGACUGAAGCAGAAAUUCCACCAGAAGAUGGAGCAAGUGAUAGUAACUCUGAAGCCAGUGGACAUCCAGACCAGGAGAGAGAGACAUUAGAUGCACCUGACUUAGACGUAAUUAGUCCAUGUCAACUAUCUGAUUAUCAGCCAUCUGAGCUUGAAAAGGAAGAUUUGAACAAGACCACCUGGGAGGAACGUUAUGAGAAGAUCUGGGUGGAGAGUGAUAAAAAGGAGACGAAAUCCCAGUACAAAAAUGUGGCUGCUGAGCUUAAAGAAAGAUUUGGAGAAAUAGAGCAGAAGAAAUCAUGUGAGUCUGACGAGGAUGUAGAGGUCAAAGAAGGACAAGAGAAAGAAGAGGGAAAAAAAGAGUUGAAGAGAGAGACAGACGUCCCUGAGAGUGCAUUAGAAGAAGACUCGAGUGAAGAUGAGGGAGAGCCAAUAGUGCGACCCACUGCCCGGGCUAGGACUGUAAAGCUGUUACCGAUCCCAGAGCAGAGGGAGUCUGGGCUGGAGGAGUCCUGCUCUGAGGAACCUAAAGAAGCACCCUGCCACACCACUAGUGAUGAAGGCAGUGAGGCAGAUCUUCCUCAUGAUGACUUCACUAAAGAACAGCUACCUUCUCCGAAGCCCCUCAAAGAAGCACAAAACUCUGUCUAUGGGUCUGGUCACAGUGUAGCUCAUUCCUCUAAUGUAAAUGAAAAUAAAGGAAAUUAUGGCUCAGCUGGUGUGUGUGAUCAGGGAGCUGAAUUUAAGACAAGUCCAGAAUCUUCAAAAGAAGCUGGUAGAAGCCAGUUGCUUUUUGUUGGAGAACUGGAAAUUCCUUCCUCAAAGUCAGAAGCACUCUCUCCCAACUCAGAUGAAGAGGCUGAGGUAGAGGCCCAACAGAGAUGCAUGACUGAGAGUACUGUGGCAAAGACUGAUGACAUGAGAGAGAGGCCUAAAAGCUCUGCUUUAUGGAACUCUGGUGGAUCCAGGAAACAAACUGACGCUGACCAAGGAAAAGGAAAGAAAGCAGACACUAACCCUGGCAAACAAAAACCUGAACAGGAAGGGAAGUCUGAAGUCAGUGGAUCUCAUCAGAAGGAUGAUGGGCUUGAGAAAAGGGAUAGUGUUUCGCCAAGAUGGCAGACAAGAAGUCCAAGGAGCACUAACCGGAGUACAACGGAAGAUGAAGAUGAACAGAGGAGGACUUUUGGUAGCCAGGGGAACCUUCUACAUGUCCCUGUUCCACGGCAGGCUAGACCUCCCUUCCCUGUGAACCACCAUAAUGGAGAUCCCCUGUCUGUGUUUGACGAUAGUUCUUUAAGUGAGGUGUCAGAAGAUGAAGGAAGGUACCCGUCGUCAAGGCAUAAAACUGAGAAGAGUGGCGGAGAGUUGGAAAUGGCAGAUGAUUUUGAAGACCUUACACAAUCUUCAGACACAGCCACUGAGGAGCUGGACUCCAUUGCAUCAAGCUACCGUCAUGCCACUCUGCUCAUCAACCAGCUGGACGCCAGCUCUAUAGAUUCAGUUAGCAUGGUGAAGCUGCAGAACAUAUUCCGUGAUUAUGAACACACUAUCCAGAAGGAGCGCGACAGGCACAGCCGGCUAGUUGACAAGAACUCUCAGCUGGAGCAAGAGCGGACUGACCUUCGGCUCCUGCUUGAGGAGACCAGAGAGAGCAGAUCCAGCCUAGAGCACCUCCGCUUAGAACUGGAGACAGACCUCAAUAACCUCAAAUUUCUAUUAAAGCAGGAACAGGAGAAACAUCAGAGUGCAUCCAUGCUGUACGAUAAAACCCGUGAGCAAUUGAGGAGGAAAGAGGAGGAGCACCGGGCUGAGGCAGAGGAGAGGCAGAAAGUGGAGCUUAACAUGCGCAACUUUGAGCUGGAGAUGAGGGCUCUGAUGAACACCAUGAAACAGCUGGAGGAGGACAGGAAUGAAACUCAGCGUCUUUUGGCCCAUGAGCGAAGUGCCCGGGUUUUACAGGAGGAGUUGCUAAACAGCCACCUGCGCAAGCAGCAGGACAUUGAGGAAGAGAACCUCAAGAGCCUAAACAAGAGCAAUGAGGUCAUGUCCCAACUGACAGAGGCCAGUGAUCGUGAGAGGGAACUGCAGCAGCAGGUCAGCUCUCUGCAGGAAGAGUUGAGCUGUGUGCGGGCCGAGCUGGAGCGCGCACACUCCCACAGCCAGCAGGAGGAGAGCAGACUGACUGAAGAGAGGGACGCUCUGCGGGAGAGGCUGGAGGAUGCUCGACGUGACCUGAAGCUGAGUGAGGAGGCUCUGGCCCAGACUGUCUUUCAGUACAACGGGCAGCUGAGCGCACUAAAAGCAGAAUGCUCGGUGGCUAGUGCCAAACUUGAGCACGAAAGGCAGGCACGGCAGCAGCUGGAGGCUGAGGCAGAGGCUAGCAGGGCACGGCUACAGGCAGCAUUGCAGGAGACAGAAAGGUGUCAGGUGGCACGUGCAGAUGCAGAACGCCUUCUGCAGCGUGAGCGGGAUGAACACCACCGAGCUCAGGACAAGCGCUCUGUGGAGUCCGGUUCACAGCGUGACACUAUUCAGUCCUUAUCACAGAAACUGAGCAAAGCAGAGGCCCGUGCCAACAGUCUGGAGAAUGAAUGCCACCGCACAUCGCUGAGUGUGGCUGAGAAGAGCGUGCUGCUGGAGACGGCGGUGCGGGAGCGGGAGCAGGCCCAGGCGCGUGUGAAGGAGCUGGAAUCAGUGCUGCAGAACGAGCGAGAACAGGCCAGCCGGACCACCGCCAGGCAUGAGGCUGUGCAAGAAAGGCUGGCCCAGGCACAGAGCGAGGCAGCGCUGCUCAGGCAACAGCUCGAGGAGGCCCACAACAAAGGCACAGCCAAGGAGCGGGCAGCCACGGACGCUCAGGAGCGCUUCGCUGACGUGCUGAACCAGCUGCGGGCUGACGGCGAGGAUAGAGUGCAGCUGGUAGAGGAGAGGAACAAAGAGCUGGUAGCCAAAAAUGCUGAGCUCAGAGAGCAGAACUACAAACUCGAGCAGGAGAAAGGCGAGAGAGAGAGCUCUUUGAGGCAGCUGCAGCAGGAACUGGCAGAUUCUCUAAAGAAAUUGUCCAUGUGUGAGGCAUCUUUGGAAGUAAACACUCGCUACCGCAGUGACCUGGAGGAGGAGAAAACACGCUCUCAGAAGGACUUGGACAGGCUCAGGGGAAAGCUGCAGGAGACUGAGGAGCAGUACAUGCAGGCAGAGAGGCGCAUCAACAGUUUAAAGGGCAGUCUUGAUGAGAAGGAGCGAGAGGUCAUCAGCACUAGCCAGAAAUUGCAGGAGAUGCUAGCUGCUUCAGCAUGCACAGACCAAACUGUUAAACAGCUGGAGGAGGCAGUGCAGAGGUUGGAGAUUGAGAACGCCAGACUGGAGGCAGCAGCCAAACAGCAGACCAACCGCAUUGAAGUGCUUCAGAAGGAAGCCCAAGAAGCUAAUGUGCCAUCAGACUCAUCACCAAGAGGAGGGGUGCGGCAUCGAUUAGAAGAUUUGGUCACAAAUCUACAAAGCAGCAAGAUGACUCUGGAGGAUCAGCUCAGUCGUGAGGUGCAGAAGCAGAGCAUGCUAUCCCACAAUGCCCAGGACUCACAGGCUCUGUGGGAGGAGGAGCUAAAGAGCCGGUCACGGAUUGGACUGCGACUUGCUGAACUGGAGAAGGAGAAAGGAGAGCUCAGCAACCAGAUGGAGCUCGAGAAGAAAAAGGUCAAGAAGAUAGCAGAGCAGAAGAAAGCUGUGGAUGCCCGGCUGGACCAGGAGAUGAAGAGAAACACUGAGCUACAGAAAGAAAUGUACAGGUUGCGAACUUUGGUGAAGACAGCUAAGAAGAAGCUGCGGGAGCAGGAUGGAGCAGAGCUGGGUUCUCCUCUGGGCAGUCUGAGAGGAGAACUGGGCCAUAGGCAUAGUGAGGCAGAGGGAGCCAUCAGCAGGAUGAAGACAAAAGUGGAUGAACUGCAGGUACAGCUGGAGAAGGAGGCGUCACGCUGCUCCAGGCUGGAGGAGGUGAACAGGCAGUUGAAGGAGCAGCUCGGCUCGCUGAAGAGCCUGAACCGCAGCCAUGAGCGUUUGGAGCGCAGCAAGCGUCAGCUUGAAGAGGAGGUGACGGGCCUGCGCAGACAAGUAGAGGCCGGGCUCAUGGACCAGAGCCAGGCUGAGCAGUACCGGAGAGAGACAGAAGAGAGAGCCAGACAGGAGAUACGCCACAAAUUGGAGGAGGUCAACCUCUUUCUGCAGACGCAGGCUGCAUCUCAGGAGGCUCUGGAGCAGAUAAAGGCUGCUAACGAAGCCAGUCAGAGAGCUCAGCUGGAGCAACGCAUUAAGGAGCUGGAGGGAGAACUGAGUUGUGUACGCAGUAACCAGCAGGACAGCCUGGUGCAGAGAGACUCCAGCCGCACUGAGCUUGAGCGCUACAGACAACUGUACACUGAGGAGCUGAGACUCCGCAAAAGCCUGGCUGCUAAGCUGGAGAGGUCUAAUGAGCGGCUUGCAGAUGCCAACACUAAGCUACUAAGUGAGCGGCAGCGUAGCAAGUCUCUGCUCACUAGCAGCCUAAUGAACGGCAGUCUGGCAGGACCAGCACUGGACGCAGCCUCUUUAGGCUCUGUGGGGGCGUAUGGGGCCUCGCUGGGACCCCUCAACAGAAGCCUGGGUCUGGGAUCCCCUCUGAUGGGGUCUGUGGGGGAACCACAGAGCAAUCGUGUAGAGGCUUACCUGGCAAAGAUGCAGUCUGAACUGGAGAAAACCAUAUCAAAGGAGUUGGACUAUGCCUCUGCUGAGAUGGAGGGCCACUCGGCACGGAUGUCUCCAGUGGGUUCUGCCUGUGGCUCUCAGAAGAAUCUGAAUUUAAAUCUGAACAUGGAGCAGCAGGACCCAUUGAGCAGAGCCACCCAGCAGUACUUGGAGGUUCUUAAGAAGAACUACAUGAUCUGACCAUACAACGAGUGUGCAUUACACACUAUGAAGAGCCAAUGGGGCUGAAUGCUUAGCACAAUAACUAUGACUGAAAGAUGCAGAGGGUAUGGGAAGAUGAAAGUGUUGUUUAUUUUUUCAUUGCUAGAGAAAUAACAGUAAUUGGUCAGUGUAUUUGUGUAUAGAGAGAUGAGUUAUUCAUUUUUACUGCUCAUCUUGAAAAGAUGACGGACGUUAUUGUUAUAGUGCUAAGAAACACCCCUUACAGCUUUGAUACACAAUUCUGCAUGUAGGCUUUGAGCUCACUACAGAAAUGAAAUCAGUCCAGAAAUGUAAUGGAAUAAAUCAGAUAUUGAAAGAAGACAUUUCUUAUACCAGCAAGAGACGUGAAAAGCAAGAGACAGGCAGUUAGACAGAUGGGACCUCUACAAGCCUUCAGGAAGAAUUGUUCAUUACUGCCAUUUAUGGCAUUUAGCAGAUGCUCUUAUCCAGAGCGACUACCACACUACCACCGAAAAGGGCCAAAGCAUAAACACUACCACUCCACUGUUUUAAUUAUUUUUAGAUAAUAUUGACAAUGCACUUUGUACCUCAGAUACUCAGGAGCUAAAUGAAAAGUUUUAAAACUUUUUCCUUUAAAAUUGGUGGAAGCCAUAACGGUUUUGAUGAAUGGGCAUGUGCAGAGUGCAGCUUUAAGAACCCCUUUUGCUGCUACAUUUUUAUGUCUGUUACAGCUUGAUGUUACCUUUAGUUUGUAUUCAUUAAUGCUGUUUUGUAGUGGAUGCAUUUUUUUAAGGAAAAAAGUAUUGGAUUUGGUACCAUGACUAUUAUUGCCAAGUAAUAACAGUGGUACAUUCAGUCCUCUGGUGCAAUAUAUUUGUCAGCUGUCUUAAUUUGUGCAGAUAACGCUCUAAAUUUGGGAAUUGUUUCAUUUUGUUAAAUGUGUUAUACUUGAAUUGAGACAAAACUAGAGACCUUUCCUGGUCUCUGAUGGUGGACCAAGUCCAAGCUAAUACAAGCAGCAUACUGUAUUGUGCGGUACAUAUUUGUGUCGUGUGCUUUUUGUGUCGAUUCCAAUCAUUUCAGUAUUGUUAUGUUUAAAGAGCUGAAAUAUUGAACAAAAUCCUCAAUUAAAGGGAACAGCAUUGUUUGUGUUUUUGUCA